AGUAGUAUAAAAGCCGGUCCUUUUCGAUUCUUCAAUCAGUCGAAGCUGUUCAGUGCUCAAUUGCAGUACUGUCUAGUCAGCUGAAGUUCAAUUGUAUUCUCUCAUAAUGGGUUUCUUUAGAAUGUUGUUUCUCGUGGUCUCGCUGGUUGCGUAUGCCCAAUCAGCUUCUAUGCAUGGGCGUGGUCCGGAGAUGAGCGGCCGUGCUCCGGAGAUGCAUGAUCAACGGCAUCAGCAUAGACGUAGUGCCCCACCAUCGGCUUACUACCCCGAGGCUCCAAAGUAUUACACCGAGGCUCCAAAGUAUUACACCGAAGCCCCUAAAUACUACACCGAGGCACCUCAGUACUACACCACACCUGCCCCGACAUAUGGUGGAUAUGGUCAUCAGAUGAAACGCAGUGUCUACUCCGCACCUGAAUCCUACUACACAACGGCAGCUUCUUAUUACUCUGCCCCACCGACCACAGCUUCUUACUACCCUGUAAAUUAUGGCUAUCAUGCCCAGAAGAAAAGGCAGGCUCCUCAGGCUCCAGCCUAUUAUGCUACGACUCCUUGUUAUUGUCCUCCAGCAACUACACCGGCGCCGUACUACCAGGAGUCAUACACAACUGUUGCCCCGUACACCACUACUGUUGUUUACUACACUGAGCCGACUUACUACCCUACCGAGGCCUACUAUACUACCACAGUUGCAUAUGCCCGACGUAGCUACUACUCGCCUCCGGUCUACACUACAGUUGCGCCGUAUGUUGAACCAGUCUACUACACCACUCCUGCCCCUGUUUACUACACCGAGCCUAGCUACUACACCACGGAAAUCUAUACUACAACAUAUGCUGCACCAAGCUACUACUCUCCUCCGGUCUACACCACUCCUGCUCCAGUUUACUACACCACAUCUCCACCGGUCUACUACACCGAGCCCAGCUACUACGCCACGGAGGUUUAUACCACAACUUAUGCUGCACCAAGCUACUACUCUCCUCCGGCCUACACAACAGCUGCCCCUGCCUAUUACACUGAGCCCAGUUACUACACCACCGAGGUUUACACCACAACCUACGCCGCUCCUAGCUACUAUGCUCCUCCGGUUUACACUACUCCUGCCCCGGUCUACUAUACCACGGAGGUUUAUACCACAACCUAUGCUGCUCCGAGCUACUAUGCUCCUCCGGCUUACACCGAGGCUCCGUAUUACACCACUGCUGCUCCUUACUACACCGAGGCUCCUUACUACACCACCACAACUGCUGCCCCUGUGUACUACACUGAGGCUCCCUACUACACUGCUGCUCCAGCUUACUACACCGAGGCUCCUUACUACACCACCACAACUGCCGCCCCUGUAUACUAUACUGAGGCUCCUUACUACACUGCUGCUCCAGCUUACUACACUGAAGCUCCUUACUACACCGAGGCUCCAUACUACACAACCACAACUGCUGCCCCUGUCUACUACACUGAGGCUCCUUACUAUACAACUGCUGCUCCGGUUUACUACACUGAGGCUCCUCAUUAUACAACGGCUGCCCCUGCCUACUACUCUGAACCGGCUUACUACACAACUGAAGCGUAUACCACAACUACAGCAGCCUACAAAUACGAAGCUCCCACUUACGCUCCACCGAGCUAUUAUGCUCCUCCAGUCUAUUAAUAGCUCUAAGUUGUACAAGCUUUUUACCUUGGAAUUGUUAUUUCGAAUAUCUUUAUCAGAGAAUGUUAAUAGAUUACGUUACGCUAA